AUGUCAUCUCUUUCAACUACACAAACAUCUUUUGUCAAAAUAAAACCAGUUGAUCCCAAAUACCUCAAAUACUCAAUCCCAUCUGACUUACCAUAUUAUCCAUUUGGUAAAGAUCUUAAAGCAUUACCAAUUUCUGUUUUUAACUUACCUUUUAGUAAACAUUCCGAAAUUCCUGAGUUUGAAUGUUAUGGAGGAAAAUAUGAUAAAUUUACUCUUGAAGAAAUAACAAAAAGAGUUCCUAUCCCUAUAUCAAAGAUUGUUAAAUGUCAGCUAUGUGACUUUAAUGACAUUGAUAGUAUUUGUAAUGGUCUUAUAAAAGAAAAUAUUAAUUCAUUAGAAUACUUGCAUCGAACAAAUCAAUUAGAUUCAUCGAUUAAAUUCGCUUCAAUUAAUAAAGAACUUGUACUCCAAAUUUUACAGUUUUAUCGAAAUGAGUUAGAAGUUAUUAUUACACCAUCUCUUUCUGGGGCUAUUCGUAUGUUAGCAGAAGAAAAAGGAGAUGAUUUAUAUAUAUUUUUUGAAGAACUUGAUGUUUAUAAUAUUUAUGCUAUCUUUGUUAUAUUAUGGAACCAAGAGACUUCAAAAAAAAUUACUAAACUUUGUAUAGAAAAAUCUUUUGGUGUACAAAUUUUAGAUUAUUAUAAGAAAACGUCAGAUGAAAAAACUAAAUCUAUUUGUCUUCAAACACUUCUUUUAGUAUUAUUUAGAACAGAUAACCCUUGUGGAAUAACAAAAGACAUGAGCAUUCAAUUUAUUGCAUCAUUAAUCCAACAAACAGUAUCUUUACCAAAACUUCUUUGUAAUUUUUCUUAUUGUAUUGUUUAUUUAUUAACAUCCUUUUAUCCUGUUCUUCUUAGUAUCUUUGAAUGUACACAGUUUGAUACUAUUGUUUCUAUUGUAUCGUUUUGUCCUACUGCUUUAUGUGUUUUAAAAAAAAUAAAGAAAUCUUGUUAUAAAAUACAUAAUAUUGUUGAUCCAACUCCCGGUUUUAGAAUAUUACUUGGGCAUUAUUUUAAACAUACAACUCAAUUAUAUUUAAUAAAAGAUCAAGUACUUGAUUUAGUUAAUAACAUUUGUUCAUAUUCUCCAUAUCCCUAUAAUUAUGAAUCUGAAAUAUUAUAUGGAAUGUGUUAUUUAUUACAUGGAUUAAUUAAAACGCAAUGGAGUGAAGUUGAAAAUAAACAAGAUAUAUUUGAGAGUAUACUUAAAUUUGUUAUUCCACAAAUUAAUAGGUCCUGUGAUUCAUCAUAUUGUGACCAAACAAAAGGAACUUUUUGUUCUAAAUCAAGAAGAUUAUUAUUUAAAUGUCUUUUGAUGAUUAUUAGUCAAAGUGAAGAUUUAACAGAGUACCAAAUUACUAAAAAGUUUUUAACAAACAUUUAUAAUAAUGAAGACUCAUUAGCAAUUGAAAAUAAUCACCCACAAUUGAGUUGUUAUUAUGAAAAAGGAUAUUCUAAUGUAUAUGAAUGUUUAAUUCAUUCAAAAUAUAUUCAGAAUAUUAUUUUUAAAGGAGGUAUUGAUAAAACUAAUUUAGGAAAGAUAACUAAAUAUUUAUAUGGGUAUAAUACUACUGUUUUAAUUAACGAUACAAUGAAAUUAAAUGUUAAUGAAAUUCUUGAUUCUGUAAUUCAAAAUAUUGAUAGUACAGAUAUUUGUUUAGUAAAUGACAAUUCUUUUGUAGAUAGUACUAUAUAUGAAACAAAUAAACCUGUUGUUAUUUUAUGUUUAAACAUAUUUAAAGAAGGUCAGAUUAUUACCACAAAUAAAUCUUUCCGUGUUGUUUUUGAAAAUAGUGAUAGAGAAGUGUAUCGUCUUGUUAGUGGAAUUUUCAUUAAAGAGUUUCAUGAGAAAAAUGAAUGUAUCAUUUUGAAAAAAAUUAAUGAAGAACAGUUUAAAUUAAAUUCAAAACCAGUUAAUAGAAGUAAAACGGUAUUAGGACUCAAAGAAUUAUUAAUAAUGAGUGAAGGCAAUAAUAUUCUAGGGAACGAAAGAGAAGCUUUAAUUCCUGUUAUAUUGGUUUAUGAAAAAGAUAAUUGGGAUCAUGGUGAAAUGCCAGGAAUUGAACAAGUACUUAAUGAAAGUGUUUGUAUUCGUGAUAUUAAAGGAUUAAAAUAUUCUACAUGGCUAAUAUCAGAUUUAAAUACAGCACUUUUUGAUAUUGAGUUAGAAAUCUGGAAACGAACAAAAUCCAUUUUGUCAUUCAAAUCUCCCUUAAAAUUAAGGAAGUUACUUCUUUCAUUACCUGAAGAAUAUCAAAAAAGUAUUAUAUUUCAUAUUUUUUGUACAAUUAGUAAUUUCAUUUAUAAAUCUUCUAAACCAAAUGUUUCUAGUCAUAUCAAAAAAUUAACGUAUUUAUUUAUCCAACUCAUUGAUAGUGAUGAAAAAUUUCUUAGACUAACACUAAGUGAAUAUAACAAAUUAAGCAAUUUCAAAGAACUCACUUAUUCUGAGAAUUCGUACUUCUUUCAAUCAUUUUUAAUUACUCUUUAUGUUAAAUUGUCAUAUUAUACAUCUUCAUAUUCUGAGCAAUGUUAUCUCCAAUUCUUAAAUUCUUUGCAAAUGAUUAAUAAAUUUGAUAUUAAUUACCAAACAGCAAGUGCCUUUAAUACGAUUAUAUCUGGAUUAGUUUUAUCUAAUCCAGAAUAUUAUCCCUUCUUCUUGAAGACAAAUUUCAUUUCCUUUUUGUUUGAAAUUCUCCCAUUUAAACCACCACUCACAUACGAGAAAAUUAAUGUAACUUCGGUGUUACAUUUAUGGCUAAUGGUUUCAAUCCCUAAAUUGGAUACAAAUAAAUCUUUUAAAAGUCAAAUCUGUAAUGGAAAUUAUAAAGAAGAGUUAGUCUCUUUAUUUAUUAAAAAGUACGAAACAUUCGUUCUAUAUUCUGUUGAUCUCAAAUUAGUAAUUGCUUUGACUAUUUAUUUAUGUAAAAACAAUCAAACAAAUACUGAAAAUGUUCUAAAGACUAUCUUAGAUAAUAUAAGUUUCAAUGAGUAUAAUUCUUGGAGCAUAGUUCUUGAAGAGUUUUUAGAAUGUGAUGAUAAAUUAAAAGAAUUUAAGAUAAAUGCUUUUAUAGAAAAUCCUUCUCUCUUCAAGUUCAGAAUCGAUUCUAAUACAAGAAAACUCACAAAGGUUUGCUCUUAUUUAGUAAGACUUAUCCAAAGGUAUAACAACAAAAUUAAAAAGAAUGAAAACUUUGCACGAGUAUUAAAUGAUAUGAAACAGGCAAUAGAAGAUAAACUUAAAAUGAAUAAUAGCGUUAAUAAGUUAUUGGACCUUUCAUUAAAAGAGUUACUUCAAAUGAAAAAUAACCAUCAACUAAGUCAAAUUACUAGUCCUUUAUUAUUUUCAAUUUACAUUGAUGUUCUAACUCUUAUUGAUACCGAAAUUAAGAAUGGAAAUUGUCAUUUCAUUUUGAAAGACUAUGGCAUGAAUAAAAUUCAAUUAGUUUAUAUGAAAGCACUUAUAAAACACUGCCAAAAGGAACUUGAUUAUAGGAACAGGCCUCCCCCACCCAAUCUUCAACAACCUACUCAUCCACUUGAACCUAUUCCUUUUCUGAUGUAG